AUGUACUCUCUCAGGAGUCCCCGCCCGUGGUGUAUGACGCGCAAACCUACACAACGGGACUGUGUUGAAAGCGGCGCUAUCCAAGCACCCGAGACACUUCCCUCUUCCUUGCGGCCAACGAACAUCGACACUGCCUUUCCGUCAUUACUACGCCGCGCUAGUUGCGAUGCAGUUUGUGACUACGUUCCGGAUACAUCCUCCGAUCAACGAUACAUCUGCUGCCCGUCAGAUGCCGACUAUGACUUUCGAUGCGAUGCUCCAACUAAAUCAGAUGACGAGUCUACCCGCGACACUCUCGUCCGCUUUGCAGAUGUUCACUCCAUUCUCUGCACGCCUCCUCCGCCGACGCCACCACCCCACCUGACCCUCCUGUCGACUUCAUCCCUUCCUUUAACACCUCUUCGCCUUCAGCCCUACGGACCACGUAUCCCACCCUGGGGCUCAACAGAGCAUCUUGAUCGCGAGCGCCGCUUCCGAACUGAUAUCCGCGUCCUCGAAGACACGCUCGAUGAGCAAUUUGACAAGAGGGAAAGGUUGCGCAAGGAAGAGGAGGCAAGGAAUGAGAAAAGGCGGACCGAGGGCGAGGAGUUGAGAGAGCUGGUGCACGAGAUAUAUCCGGAGAUGGAGGCGGGACAGACAGACAGGGGAUGUUGCUUGUGCGCGGUCAUGUGA